CCGAUCAAUCAGACGGGCGCUCAGACCACCAAAUGCCUCGACGGUAGUAAAAUGCACCGUGGAGAGUCGACGGUGUGUGCGGGCGAAACCAUCCGAACUUCCAGCUAAUUUGCCUUGACCAGUCCUAUUGUGCGCCAGGCCACUAGCGACAUUCGCAGCGAGGCAUCGAUUGUAUUGGCCAAAACAAGCGUACGUGCGCGGGGCACGAGAACUGAGUAGAUUCGGUCAAGCUGCUUCGGAGCACCGCUUUGCACAGCAGAGAGUAAUAAGAGGAGAAACUCAGCCCUUGUCCUCUCCUCCUGGUGCCCCCACACCACCUACGAGAGCUCAAAUAAAGAUAGGAGCCCUCGUUGACCCUUCUUUGCCACUCUUCAUCACACAAUCGUGCAAGAAAGAAACGCAGACUGACGAUGAAAUUUGCCCUUCUCGCCACGACGUUGCUGGCGUUGCUCCUAACAUCAACGUGCAUUGCAUCAGCUCUGCAAUCCAAUCACGAGGGCGAUGGAGGCUACAGCAACGUGCUCGUCAAGCGAUUUUCGAGUGAAAGUUCGUCUGAAAAUUCGCCACCGACGCCACCUCACCUUCGCCUUAGAAGAGGGAACCCAGAUGCCCUUGUGCAGCGCUUCAGAGAAGAGCAAGAGCGUGAAAAGCGCAAGCAGGCGGCUGCCGGACCCUCCAGUAGCAAAUGCCCUUCAAUGUCCGAUGCCGUCGAUGAGACCGCACUCGGUGUACGGAAGAAGCAGCGAAGGCAACAAAGAUGCACGGAAAUAGGUGCAAACGAGGUCGAGCUAAAGAAGGCAACGUUUCUAGACAUUCUGAGAGCGAGAGAGCCGUUCUAUCAGAAACCAAAAAAUGAACUCACGGCAGAGGAGGAAACAGAAUUGGCAUCUGCAUAUACGUCACAAGCCCUUAUUAACUUGGCUCCGAAGAUUUUUAACAAGAUCAGCCUUACGCCGUUCCAAAAAGAUAUGCUCAAGAGUGAUGGGAGGUUCAAAGAGUAUCAAGAAUUGAGAAAGGCACGAUUCCGUCAAACCAAGAUCCAGACCGCCAUGGACAGGGAGAAGAGAAGACGACGUUUUGAAAAGAGAGGGCUUUUCAAUGCCCCUCUAUCGUAUCGAGCUCUAGAGCCGGAAGACCUCAAAGAAUUGUGGCAGAGACUCAAAAAAUUGGUGAAGAACAUCGAGGCGAUCAAAAAAGGCGACAACGGCAAAAAAUGGCAACUUGUCAAACUAUGGACGCAGGAGGACUCAGAGUGGUGGAAGGGAUAUAUCGAGUUCAGGCAAAAGGCAGAGGCCGCUGUUCCUCGUAUUGAGCGUCUAGUUGACGCGAUCAAUACCUUCUUUGCAGACGGAGAGGGCAAGAACAAGAUGCCUGCGACACUUGAGAACGCGAUGAUUUCGGGGGGGUUCAGACCGCCUGAAGCCUAUCAAGAAGCUCUUCUUGCCAGGCAAGAAGCGUUUGACUUUGUCAUGGACGCUUCUCACAGCUCGCAUAACGGUGAGGAGGAAGAAAAGAAAGAGAAGAAGAAGGGCCGCAAAUUGGCCUAUGACCAUAUGGCGCAAGACGAGAGUGUCCCAUUCAGAGUCGGCAAACAUGUAUCUGCGGGCAGGUAA